AUGUCGGGAUACAAUCCCCAGCCACCCCCCACCAAUGAGAGCAGCGUCCACAAGGCCAACUGCCACUGUGGCGCAGUGCGGUUCACCGUGACCCUUUCCCCACCCUUGCACGAGUAUCCAGUCAUGAACUGCAACUGCUCGAUCUGCUCCCGAAACGGAUACCUGCUCGUGUAUCCUGAUACUAAGGACUUUGUCCUCGAGAGGGGCGAAGAUGUGUUGAAAGAUCACCGCUUCAACAGCCGGCAGGUCCGGCAUCGUUUUUGCGGACAGUGCGGGAGCAGCUGCUUUGUCCAGCUUCCAGAUCCCGAUCCUCCUUUUGUUUGUGUUAAUGUCCGUAUGUUUGAGGGGAUUGAUGUCGACAAACUGAAGAUUAGAAAGGAAGAUGGGCGGUCGUGGAAGGGUGAAUAUAAGCCGGAAUUCAAUUGAUGGGAUUCAGACAGUGGUUAUGAUUUCUUAGGUGGAAAAGCCUCGUUUGUGAACACAAAUUGUACUAUUAUCUAUCCUGUGCUGUGGCUUUACUGUUCAGCCCCUCAGUACCUGUCAAGUGGGGCUGGGACGAGAAUUUCAUCUCAAUGGAACAAACUUCAUGUGGACAAGUUUACUGGAUUUCUUCCAUAAAGUGAGAGGAAAAAGUGCUGUCUUCUGGAUCUCCAAGCUCAAUCUUGGCUGAGUGUGCCCUGUUACUCCACUUGACCCUGCAAUAUAUAUUCACGGGUGAGCCACCAGGUUCCGACAGCCCUGCAGAGUGCAAGCACCAGGGGCUACCUGCUAAAUUUAAC